AUGGUGGGGGGGUGCAGCAGCAGCACGAGCAGCAGCAGCAGCAGCUCUUGCUGUUGUUACAGCAGCAACAGCAGCUGUGCUGCUGUGCGAGCGACCCUCUUUGGCUCCCCUGAGAGUAGCAGCAGCAGCAGCAGCAGCAGCAGCAGCAGCAAAGGGAAAGCAGCAGCAGCAUUAGAUGUCCACCUCUCAACUUGUCUGCUGCUGGAGGUGGGGCUCCUCAACAUAUUAGUCGACUGCCCGUUGCUGCUGCGCUCUUUGCUGCAUUCAGCUCCCCUAGGCUACCAGACGCUUGCAGCAGCAGCAGCAGGUGCUGCUGCUGCUGCAGGCGCUGCAUUUCCUGCAGCAGCGGGAGCAGCAGCAGCAACAACAACAACAGCAGCAACAGCAGCAGAAGCAGCAACGGAAGCAGGAGUUGGCGCAUCUGCUGGUCGUCUACGCUGUCAGCUGCGGCUGCAGGUGCAGCAGCUGCUGCAGCAGCUAAACGGGAGACCCCUUCAUGCAAUCCUUAUUACGAACCCUCAAGGGCUGCUGGGGGUGCCUUUGCUGCUGCAGCAGCUGCAGCAACUGCAGCAGCAGCAGCAACAACAACAGCUGCCACUCAUCCUUGUCACGAAGCCUGCGGCCUUGCUGGGAUGUACAGGCAUCUCCUUCUUGCGGUCUGAGCAAGGGGGUUGCGUACUGCCUCCAGCUGAUGCUGCAGCGGGACCUGCAGCAGCAGCAGCAGCUGCUGCUGCUGCAGCAGCAGCAACAGGAGGAGCAACGACAAGGGCAGCAACAGCCCGAAGCGCACCCGCUGCAGCAGGGACCGAGCAGCAGCAAGACGGCACUCUGCUGCUGGAGGAGAACAAUGAUGAUUUGCUGCUGCUGCUGCAGCAAGGCAGCAGCAACAGGGCGUCUAACCUCAAAGACCUCGAGGCUCUGCUGCAGCUGUGCAGCUAUGGGCAGCGUCAUUCGCUCCGAGCUGCUUCUGCGCUGCCGUGUGCAGCAGCUACAACAACAACUGCAGUAGCAGCGGCACCAGCAGCAGCAGCAGCAGCACCAGCAGCAGCAGCAGCAGCAGCAACUAGCUUAUUCCAAGAGUACACUGUCACUCCUUUCAGCAGCGGGUUUUGUUUAGGGGGCGCCAACUGGCUGAUAGAAACCCCCUGCGGCAGCAAAAUCUUUAUUGUGGGCCCCAGCAGCAGCAGCAGCAGCAGCAGCAGCAGCAGCAGCAGUGUGGUGUUUCAGCGGAGCCCACUUGAGGCUGACUGGAGCUGCUUGCCGGUUGCUGAUGCUGUUGUCUUCUUUGAAUGCCUUCCCCCUCGGCUUCGCGCGCCUCCGAGCAGCAGCAACAGCAGCAGCAACAGCAGCAGCAGCAACAGCAGCAGCAACAGCAGCAACAGCAUCAAAUCAGAGCCCGGCAACAGUGAAGGCAGCAGCAAAAUUGGUACCUCUGCUGCUGCCAGCGAUACAAACAGCAGCAGCAGCAAUAGCAGCAGCAGCAGCAGCAGCAGCAGCAGCAAAACAGAGGGCAAUGCUAAGCCCCGCGGGGAGGUGUCUGUUCAGCAGCGGCUGCAGCUGCUGCUGCGCGUGAUUUCUGCUGCACUUGCUGAGGGCAGCAGCGUGCUCCUUGCUGCUGACCCUUGCGGCGUGCAGCAGCUGGAUUUGCUGCCGUUGCUGCUGCGGGAGCUGCAGCAGCGGCCCUCUUCUGCUGCUACCUGCAUAUACACCGUAGGCUUCAAUGUGCCGCUGCUGCUGCGCUGUGCAGAUGAGGCAGUGGAGUGGGUGCAGCCUCGGCAGAAGCAGCAGCAGCAGCAGCAGCACGUUCGUGGGGAAACGGCAGCCGCAGCAGCAGCAGCAGCAGCAGCAGAUCUCUGCUGCGACUCGCCCUUUGGAUACUCGGAGCUGCAGCAGAUGCACCGACUGUUUGCUGCUGAGCUGCUGCAGCAGCUGCCGCCUUUAAGGAGGCCCUGCGUCGUGCUGGCUGCUUCUGCUGCUCUGCGAGUGGGUGCUGCAGCACAGCUGCUCCAGCAGUGGCGCAGCAGCAGCAAUGCGCUGCUGCUGCUGGUGGACCCCACAUUUGCUGCAGCAGGAGACAUCGUCAGGCCUCCCCCACUGCAGCAGCAAACGGCUUUCAAGCAGCAGCUGUCGCGGGACCUCCAGGUGCUGCUGCGGCGCUACCAGCAGCGUCAGCAUGGUCGUGCUGCUGCUGCUGCUGCUAGUAGCAGCAGCAGCAGCAGCGACAGCAGCGCGGUUGCUCUUGCAGGCGUGUUGGAAGCGCGAGCGAGACAGCUGGGAGCAGCUGCUUGCGGCUUGCUGCUGUGGCCCUUCCUCUACGAUGAGUCCUUCGUAAGCCCCUUCUUACAGCAGCAGCAGCAGCAGCAGCAGCAGCAGCAGCAGGGUUGGGAAGCAGGAGACAUGGCGAUCCAGCUAGCAGCCAUUCCGAUAGACUAUCGAUUGACGGCUGAAGAUGUGCUGCUGCUGCUGCAGCAGCACGCUGCUGCUUCUUCGCGCAUUGCCCUGCCCUAUUUCUUUCAAGGGACUGUCCCUAGCAGCAGCAGCAGCAGCAGCAGCAGCAGUUCUCAGCAGCAGCAGCAGCAGUCGUUUUAUAUUAUGCACCCUACAGCGGUGCUGCCUCUAGAGAAUAGGGUAGCGGCUGCUGAUGCUGUGCUGCUCUCUAAGUCCUUCUCGCUGCUGCAGCUGGCAGCAGAAGAUCUUCAGCUGCAGGGAUACGAAGCCCCCGCAGCAGCAGCAGAAGAAGAAGCAGCAGCAGCAACAACAACAGCAACAGCUGCUGCUGCUGCUCCUGAGAAAAAAGCACAGCAGCGGCGCCUUUUUGUUGCUGCAGUUGGAGAAGGGAGUUUGCUGCACUGCCAAGGCGGGAAAGCUACGCUGCUGCCCGCUGCUGCUCCAGCUGCUGCUGCUGCUGCUGCUCCAGCUUCUGCUGCUGCUGCUGUCGUUGCUCCAGCUGCUGCUGCGCCUAACUGCCGCUGCCCCACACUUUUGUUUGGGCAGCCCAAUAUGCAUGCAGUUGAGCGGCUGCUGCAGCAGAAAGGGUUUGCUGCUGAGCUUAAUGUUGCUGCUUCAGCAUCAGAGGGAGGCCCUUCUCAUGUCUGCUGCCUCUCAGCAGCAGCAGCAACAACAACAGCAGCAGCAACAGCAGCAGCAGCAACACCAACACCAGCAGCAGAACUCCACGUCCCAGCGCUGAAGGCAUCGUUGAGGUUUUACCCCUGCUGCGGCAUCAUCGAUAUACGUACACCCGAAGCAGCAGCACGUCAGGUGCUGCAGCAGGUGCUGCAGCAAGUGCUGCUGCAAGCCACCGUGCAUACCUCUGCAUGCAUGCGCAGCAGCAGUUCUGCUGCUCCCUAA